AUACAAGCCAAAUACUCGUCCCAUCUCAAUAACCAAAAAUAAAAUAUUAGAUCACUCUCCCUUUUUUUUCUAUUUUCACUAUAAUUAUUCACACCUUCUUUUUUUAAUUUAGAAAAAAAAUGAACAACGACGGUAUUGUCUGGGAGGUUCUCAACAACCAGUUUUGUUCUUACAAGGUCAAAACCGACAGCGGCAACCUCUGCCGGCACCCGCACAACCUCACCGGUCGCUGUAACCGACGUGAAUGUCCUCUAGCCAACAGCAAAUACGCUACCGUCCGUGAACGCGGCGGACGCAUUACCCUAUGCAUGAAAACCGCCGAGCGCGCUCACAUGCCGGCAAAACAAUGGCAAAUAAUUGAGCUCCCCAAGAGUUUUGCCGAAGCCCUCGAUGCCAUCGACAAGCACCUUCUGUACUGGCCCAAUUGGAUGACCAACAUGUGCAAGCAGAGGCUGACCAAGAUUACCCAGUAUCUGAUUCGCAUGCGGAAGCUCAAACUGAAGAAUAAACAUACUUUGGUGCCGAUUAAGAAGAAGCUCGAGAGGAGGGAGAAGUCUAGGGAGAUUAAGGCAGAGGCUGCGGCGAGGCUGGAUCAGUCGAUUGAGAAGGAGCUUUUGGAGAGGCUGAAGAACAAGGCGUAUGGUGAUCAGCCGCUGAAUGUUAAUGAGGCUGUGUGGAAGGAGAUUUUGGGCGGUGACGCGGUUGAGGUGGAGUCGGAUGUGACUACGGAGGAUGAGUUGGAGGAUGAGGUGGAGUAUGAGAUGGAGGAUGAGGAGGAGGAGCGGGAGCGGGAGAGGAACACUGAUGGGUUUGCGCAUGAGUUUGUUUCGGACGACAGUGAUAUGGAGGACCCUAGCGAUAUGGAGAAUGACAUGGAGGAUCUGCUGGACAUGUCGGCGUCCGAGCUCAGCUCAGGCGAGGAAGAGGACUCAGAGGAGGGCUCGGAUGAGGAAGGUGACUCUGCUGGCGAGGAGCAGGAGGAUAUCGAGGAUAGCGAUGUUAGCGAGGAUAGCGGCGAGGAGAGUGAUGCGAAGCCGGCGGCGAAGAGUAACGGAAAGCGCCCUGCGGCCCCGGUGGCUCGCCCCAAGCCCACAAAGCGGACCAAGAAGCACGGCCCACGUGUCGAGGUCGAAUACGAGACAGAGUCGGCUGCCGUGGACAGUAUGCUUACCAACUGGUAACUUCGAAACGAAUAGCUUUAUAUUUCUUUUCUACAUAUACUUUUUUCUUUUACAUUUCCUUUUUUUAAAAAUCUAUAAAUUUACAUGAUCAAGUCCGUUGGCAGAGCAGCAAGCAACAAAAAAAGUAAAGCAAAAAAAAUAUAUAUAUACAAGAGUGUGCAACGUUUAGUUAGUUGCUGUUUGCUGCUUGCUGUUGGAGAGAGAUUUUUUGGGCUGUAACUGCUUGUGCUGAUUGGCCUCUGAAAUAUGAAGAGUAGUUAGUUGUUUGUGUGUGGUAUGUGUGGAGAAAUUUUUUUGUAUUGAAUUUUUUGUAUUUUUGUGUGUGCGAAACACAAUGAACAUGCUGUCUUUGUCAGCGAGCG